AUGCCUUCCAUAUCACAACCUUUCGCCAUCACGACAGUCCCUAAACAGUCGAGUACUUCCCCCAUUAUUGUCUCAUCGCACUCUUUGACUGCAAACUCUAAUAGCUUGGAUGUCGCUAUAUCCAAGUAUGCUGUGUCAAAAUUCGUUAUCAAUCCAACUCCAAAACUAAUAAAUAGUAUUCCAAUUCCAUCAAAUGAAGUAGUCACCGCCUUUCAUGACACUGUCUUCGCGACGGCUACUGUUAAUCAAAAAUAUACACUUCAUUUGAAUGGGAAAAAGGUACCGAUACAAUCUAAGAUCAUGAAAUUGUUCUCUGAUGAAUCUCAAACUAUAACCAUCCUCGAAAAUGGUACCAUAGAAAAAUACGAUUCAAAUUUAAUAAAAUCAACCUAUAAAACUCCACAUAAGGAUUUAGUCAAUGUGGAAUUUAUCGAAAGUAAAUACGCUCUAUUAAUUUCACAGAAUUCCAUUUCACUAUACGAUAUAAAUACCAUGAUAGAACUACGUAACGUUGCCAAUGUUCAAGAUAUAGUAGACUCCGAUUUCAAAUCAUUGGAUGGUAAAUUAUACCAAUUUAAUCAGAAAUUAUCAAAAUUCGAUAUUUGGGAAAUUAGUUCCAUGACAAUAGUUAAUAUCAUAACGAUUCCAUUCAUAAAUGAUGUAGAAAAAGAUGUUGUCUCAUUUACUGUUGUUGAUGAUAACUGCGUUGUUAUGGCUGUCAAUAGCACCAUUUAUGCCUUAAAUCUUCAUUUGAGUUCCGUCAUUUCAAUGUCAGAAUUAUUAAAUUUGAAAUGGUUUAAACUUAUCGAUAACUUAUCUAAUCAGUUCGUUUUGGGUUUGUCAUUUAACAAUGAAAAUUACAAAUUUGAACUCAUUAAUCUGGAUUUAAACAGUAAUUUUGGAUUAAAGGAUUCCUUGGGGAAAGGUUUUAGAAAUUUCUUAGUUGACAAGCAAUCAGAAAAGGAGACUUUAGUCCUAAAAUCAUUGUUUUCAGCUGAUGAAGCUGAUGAAGAUUUGCACAAUGACAGCGAUAGCGAUGUGGAACACACCUUCAAUUAUGAUAAAAUUAUAGUUGAUUUGAACAAAGCUGUUAAGAAUCCAAGUAAAUUUGAUAAGAUAUUUUUCGAAAAAUUCAAUAUUAAGAAAGAACAUUACACUGAAGCUGAUCGUUUCUUAGUAAACCAAGAUUUCUUAGCCAAAGUUAUAGAAUUAAUCUUACAAAAUUACAAAUUUGACACCGAUGGGAACAAUUACCCAAAAACUUUGACCUAUCUUUUAACACAUCCUUUAUUCCCAGUUAGUUUAACCAAGAAUCUUCUACCAAAAUUCAGAGAAAGUCCGAGACUAUAUAAACAAGCAAUCGUCACCUGUCCAAAUUUACCCUUAGGCGAAUUGCUAGCUGAUUUAUUCACAAUUGAAAAUAACGAAUUGUCUUUGGACAUCUCCUUAAGAGUACUACAGGAUUAUACGAAGGAUUCCAUCAAAGAACAAAUAAAAUUACUACCUAAAGUCGAUAUCAGAAAUUUCAUUGAAUUUGUGACUCAAGAUGAAGACCAACAAGUGAGCUCACAACUUUUCCAGCUACUCUCUUUAAUUAUCGAUUCCAUUGGUCUCUUCGCAUUGGAUAUGGAUAUCCUAGGAAGAAUAUCGAACUUUAUAAACGAAAAGACAUUGGUAGCAAAACAAAAUUCUGAAUUACUGCACUUAUUAGAUUACAAUCCAUCGAAGCAAUCAUCUGCAAGACAAAGUAGUAAACUCAUUAACAAUAACAACAAAUCAUUACAUAGAAAAACACUACCUACUUAUACCGUUGAGCAUUUGGAUUUAUAG